ACCAGUACUUCCGGUCCAGUCCCUCAGCUCCUCGUCGUAUGCUCUCGUCGAAAAAAAUGGCUGCCGACAAGCAAACUGAGGCUAAACUUGCCGGAAUGGAGGAAAAUAAAGAAAAUUCAGCGGGCGAAGGACUCGGAUUAGAAAUCCUGCAGAUCAUCAAAGACUCCCAGCAGCAACAUGGCUUGAGGCACGGAGAUUACCAGAGAUACAGGGGGUACUGCUCCCGCCGCUUGCGUCGUCUUCGCAAGACCCUGGGCUUCAAAAUGGGCAACCGACACAAAUUCACAGGGAAGAAGGUGACUGAGGAUAUGCUGACUGACAACAGGUUUCUGCUGCUUGUCUUGAUGGAGGCGGAACGGGCCUGGAGUUAUGCCAUGCAGCUGAAGCAGGAGGCGAACACGGAGCCCCGCAAGCGCUUCCAUCUGCUGGCGCGGCUGCGCAAGGCGGCCAAGCAUGGCGAGCAGCUGGAGCGACUGUGUGAGAGCCGUCGCGUGGAUGCUAAGACCAAGCUGGAGGCUCAGGCCUACACUGCCUACCUGGUUGGCAUGGUACAAUUUGAGCUGCAGGCAUGGAAAUCUGCAAUGGAAGCCUUCAACAAGUGCAAGACGAUCUACGAGAAACUGGCCAGUGCCUUCACCGAAGAGCAGGCUGUGCUGUACCACCAGCGUGUGGAGGAGAUCUCACCCAACAUCCGCUAUUGUGCCUACAACAUUGGUGACCAGAAUGCCAUCAAUGACCUGAUGCAGAUGAGGCUGAGGGGUGGGGGAAUGAUGGCUGAGAAGCUGGAGGCACUGAUCACGCAGACCAGGGCAAAGCAGGCUGCCACCAUGAGCGAGGUGGAGUGGCGUGGACGCACUGUACCAGUCAAGAUCGACAAGGCUCGCAUCUUCCUGCUAGGAUUGGCCGACAACGAGGCGGCCAUCGCGCAGGCGGCCAGUGAGGAGACAAAGGAGCGUCUCUAUGAGACCCUUUUGGCCGAGUGCAGGGAUACCAUUCAAGCCGUGAGGGAGGAGAUCAAGGCUGACUCGAAGCAGAGGGAGAGAGCUGUGGAUGGUGAGGCAACAAAGAUCUCUAACCUGCAGUACUUGCACAGCUACUUGACCUACAUCAAGCUGUGGACAGUGGUGAAGCGCAACGAGAGCAUGGCCCACGUACUGCAGGCCAAGCUGAAGGAGCCACAGAUGGAUGAGAACAAAAGAGGCCCACGUCCACAGGACCUCAUCCGCCUUUAUGACAUUAUCCUUCAGAGUCUGGCAGAGCUGUGCACUCUUCAAGGGCUCGAGGACGACCACACCUUCCAGAAGGAGGUCUCUCUCAAGAUGUUGGUGUACAAGGCCUACAGGUGCUUCUUCAUUGCCCAGUCCUAUGUGCUAGUUAAGAAGUGGAGCGAGGCGCUUGUAUUGUACGAGCGUGUUCUGAAGUAUGCCCGUGAGGUUCAGUCCAAGGCCAAGAACCUCAACAAUAGCCUGAAGGAUCUCCCUGAUGUACAGGAGCUGAUUACAGAGGUGAAUGCAGAGAAAUAUUCACUACAAGCAGCAGCCAUCCUGGACACUGGAGAUGCUAUAGAAACACCUCAGCAGAUGCAAGUCAAGGACAACAAGCCCCUGUGUGAACGGUUGGAGAACUUCUCCCUUGACCCCACCAUACUCGGCAAACAGCCCAAUCUGGUGCAGUUCCCCCCUGAAUUCCAGCCCAUCCCCUGCAAGCCACUCUUCUUUGACCUGGCACUAAAUCACGUGGCAUUCCCUCCACUCGACGACAAAGUGGAGCAGAAGGGCAAGGGUGGCCUGACGGGCUACAUCAAGGGCAUCUUCGGCUUUGGCAGCUAAAACGACAGGCUCCAGGCAUCUGCCGGGGGGUGCCGGAACCAUCAAGGCUCACGGCCCACCACACCCAAGUCCCCGGGCCAGUACAGGUUCUGGAACGCUGGCUUCUAGAAUCUGGGAUAGGAAAUGUCUGAUGUUAGAGGGUUUUGGUGCUGGGUUUUCGUCAGCACAUGGAGCCACAGGGUUGGUGAGGGGUUAACAGCAGUCUUUGAUUAUCUUAAAAUAAUUUAAAACUCUAAAGCGCCUUUCUGCAUUCAAUAUUUAACAACGGUAUAUUGAGAGGGGAAGAGAGGUGGCAUUAUUCCAUCAACAACUGUCUUAUUGUUUCAUUCUUCAUUCCAGACAGAAACACCCAAGUGGAGAGGCACAACAGUCACUGUACACAUGCGAAAACUUGACUUUUAAAACAUUUAAGUUGAAUGACAGGUUGCCAGAGGGUCAUGCUUGACAAGGUAACUGCCGUGCCAUUUCAGGCAGACUUGUCACUGAAAAUGGUGUGCUGUGUGUAAAUUAGAACCAGCCCAUGCCAGUGCGAAGUUUUGAUACUGCCUGAAUUAUGUAUCGGUCCCAUACCGUAGAUUAAGAUGAUCUAUAAAUGGUUAUGUGUAAAAGUUCCUCACGGAAAAUGUCACAAUACGUUGUGUUACAGGUCUUGUUACAGAUGCAAUUAUUGCAUGUUCUUUGAUACCUUUGUCAAUAUAAGGUGUGGCACUUCAAAGUCCAUGUCGGAUAUUGUCCUAAUAAGAGUAUUUUUUUCUACUAGGAACAUGCUUUGAAAACGGUUACCUUGUGCUGUGUUAUGAAUCAUGGGUGUUCAUAACCUGCACUCAUGUGCCCGGUUGUGUGUUUGCCUGCAGUGGGCACACGUGGCUCCCUGUGUUAAGGGUUCCCGUUGGUUCUGAGGAGAGUAGCUCCUCUGCCUGCAUCUGUCCAUCUCUGUACCCGACUCUCCUCUAGCUGCUGUAUUAUCUGCCCACUUUCCUCCGGAGGGAAGCUGCACCAGGAAUCACAGCAGUUUUUAAAGUGCAAUUCCAAGAAACUCUUGCAGCUCUCUUGUUUUAUUUAUUUUCAAGCAAUUCCGUAACCCUACCUGCCCCACAGUUAAAUAUAGUCAUUGUAUAAUUGCUCCCCUACUAAUAGGACCUCCUUUUAGCCUUUGAAAACAUAACACAUGAAUAAGUCAUCAAUCUUUUCUCAAGUCUGGAAUUGUUUUUUCAUCUUCCCUGAAUCCAAGAUUGACAGUUGCUUUUUUUAAUCUUAAAUUUCCCCCCCAUGUGUUGUGAUGAACUAGGUUCUGUUAAAUAGUGGUCAACAGCUGUCAUGGGAUUUUCGACAGAGAUGCCGGAGUGUGUUCUGUAUCGAUGAUGUAAAAUGAGGCAAGAGAAAAUGUAAUGGAGAAGGAUGAAAGAUUUUCAGGGCUCCUAAUAAAAGAUAAGGACA